AUGGACUCCACCGCAAUGUUUCGCGAGGUCGCCCUGUGCGGGUUGGCGCAGGAGCAGGGCAUCGCCGCUCUACGGGCGUGCCUCGCCGACGCUCGCGGCGAUGAGACACUUCGCUUCACCGAGAUCACUUCUGCCAUGGCACGUCGUGCUGUCGCGUGGGGCGAUUCCUCGGCGUGGGGUGAUAUAAAGGUUGUUCUCCAGACUCGCUUGGCCCCCGGCUCUCGGCCGUUGCCAUCUGAAGUCAUCGCCGUCUGUGCUGCCGACGCAGAUUUCAUCGUUCCCGACCCCAAGGAGGACGCUGUCAUUGUCCAUGGUGGGCUGGACAACGGGUACGGGUCCGCGGAGGAUGGGUGCCACUUCUUGCCGCUGCUCCAUGUCGACGAGUACCGCCUGUUGCCCCCGUGCUCGUCACCGAAAUGGGCCGACAUGGCGGCGGCCGUCGCCGCUCGCAGUGGUGAUCUCGCGCUGGAGUCGCGCGUCCGUGACGGGGGCGACUGCUACUUCCACGCGCUUCUCGUCCUCCUGCAUUUCCGGGGCGUGCUCAUGCUCGCGCCGAGCGGCGUGUCCGCGGCCCCGGGGGGAGCGAGUGCCAGUCUUCGCGCCCCGGACCCCACGGGCGAGAGCGUCGCCGCAUUGCAGGCCAAAGUCGAAGGGCUCCCAGAGGACGAGGUAUCGAACGCGAUCGAAGAGUUCCUGUUUCCUGACGUCGUCUUCGAGGGUUUUAAGACGAAGGAGGAGGUUUACGAGACAGUGCGCCAGAGGGUCAUGAAGGCGUGGGAGGACACCCGGUCUCACCGCCAGAUUGCCAGCGAGCUGGAUUUCGAUUUGCGCACCAUCGCGCCGAAGCCGUUGGCGGACGCCGUGCACACCGCAGCAAAGGCCCGGGGUCUCUCUGCGGAGGCGCUGCUCUCUGCCGUGGAGUGCAACAUGGGUUUCAUCGAGGCGCCCGGAACAAAGCUGACGCACUUGCGGCAGUCAGGUCAUUACGUUUCCCCUGGCCAGCCCCUCUUGAUCGGCAGCGCGUCCUCCACGCGGAAGUCGGCCUUGAUGCAGCGCACGGACAAGUGGUUGACGCAGGUCCCGGAGGCCUCCCCUGUUUUCAAAGACAAGUUGGUCAUGAACACGGACUGCACCACGAAGGGCAUUCGGAAGCAGCUUGAAGAACACGGCCGGUGCGGCAUCUCCAGCGACGAGGCCGCAAACACGUUCCAGACGCCCUUCAGCGACGUGGAGUCCGGGGUGCACUAUCUCAGCUGCGCGAAGCUUAACACGUGGACGCAGAGCGAGCACGACGGACCGGCGACUGGCAACGGCAAGGUGUCUUUGGACAAUUACAAUUUCAUGCUCAAGUGCGCGGGCCAGACAGAGGUCGUCGAGUUUAUCGUCAUGCCGAAAGUGCACGGGUUCCAGAAGCGCAUGCAGACGGACGUGCGCGCGGACGACGGGGUCGAUUCCGAACAGAGCGACUCCUUCAUCGAGCGUCUGCACGGGUGGAUGCACGAGCAGUGUUCUGAUGUCGCCAGCGUUCUCUCGCUCGACGGCUUCGCCUACACCAUAUACCGUGCUGCGAAGCAGGCUUUUGAUGAUAUCUGUCAGACCGUGCCAAUGCCGCCGGCAUUCAAGACGAAGUUGAAUUUCUUUCACGGCGACUUGCUUCGCGCAACGCACCGGGUGCACCGCGGGAACCAGUUCGCCAGGCUUUUCAUCGCCCGGCAUGCUGCCCAGGGCGACGACGCCCUGGCGUCGCAACCGCCUUUUGAUUCUGCUUGCGAACGUUGUCUUCCCAGCGCGAACGAAAUCACGAUGGGGCUCCACAAGGUUCUCCGCCAAAUUGAACUUCACUUCGGGUUGUAUCGCUUCCACGUCGCCCACGCUGCCGAGGGCAACCAUCGCUCCGGCGGCGACGGCAGGUGCGCAGGCGGAUCUUCGGCGGCCGUGCUGGCCGCUCCUGACGUCGCGGAGAUAGCGAUGAGGGCCCUCAUGCCGUCCGAGCUGAUGCGGCAGUUCCUGCUCACUCGCGCUCCCAAGGGGCAGAUUUUCACGGAGGCGGAUGCGAGGCAGUGGCUCAGGAAUAAGAGGGACACGUGGUUCAGAACGGACCUGGCAAAGAAGAUCUCCGACGGCUUGACAGCGCUGGUCGCGGCUCAUCUCCUGGACAGGGUCGCGGACUCCGCCGAUGCGGGGGACUCCACGCAGAGGGCCAAGGCGGCGCAAGGCAAGCGCAAGGGCAACCCCAAGGGCAAGGGCAUGUUCAAGAAGCGGAAGCUCGAGGAGAUCGUUGCGGACGCAGAUGCCACGGAGGAACGGAAGCGCCUGCGGGUGAGCACGAGCGAAUUCGACGCGCACCGCACUCGACAACGCUACCCAGCCCACUACGAGCUGCUAAUGGAGGUGCUCUCAGAUCAUGACAAGAAGGCCGUCGAGGAUCUGCAGCAUCGGCGUAUCGUCCCUGAGGAUUACGAAUUGCUGUCCGGACUGGACGCGAGCGUGUCCCGCAGCGCCCGGGAUAUGGACUAUAUCAACAGCGUGCUCGAGCGGUGCAAGGGCGGACGCCCCGGCGAUCCGGCGCCCGCGAAUUGUAGGAUUUGCAUGGGGGAUGUCCCGUGCCGCCACCUACCUUGCAGGCAUUCGUUCUGCUCCGACUGCCUCGUUUCAAGUUGGUCCAAGGUGGACGCGCUCGGCCUGAUUUGCCCUGCGUGCAGGCAAGAUGUGCCGGAAGGGUUGGCGCUCGCGGAGGAGAGAAAGGCCGGCGUCGCCACGGGCGGUUGCACCGAGGGCGCCGCGGGCGCAGGGGGCGCUGCGGAGCAGGGCGUCGGCGCUGCCGCCGCCAGCGCGGCCAGGCCCCUCGAGGGCGCCGCCUGCGCUGGUGCCGCGGGCGCGGGAGGCGUGGCCCAGGCGUCCGAAGAGGGCGACGUUGCGGGGGAGAGUGGCGAAAAGACGGUAUGGCAGUGCGUGGUCGCUACCAUUCUGUCCGAAUCCCCAGACCUCUCCUCGGAAGUCGCGAAGCGCCUCCAAGUGGGGGACCGUCUCGAGGGCCUCGCCGUGCCUCGGAUGGAGGGCCCGGUGAUGCGGGUGCACGUGAGGAUCGGAGACAAAGUCGGCUGGGCGACGUUGCGGAGCACUUCGGGCAAGGAGCUCGUCUCAGUCUUGGGCGCCGACGGUCAACCUGGCGCUGCCGACGGCCGUGGCGCGCCUGCCCUGGCGCCCGGGGUGCCCUCGCCAAGAGCCCCGCAGUCGCGCCCGAUGGCGGCUCCCGAUGGCGCUGCGUUGUCGAGAUCGGCGGACCCGCCGCCCGCGGUCCGAGGGGGAGGCGGUGCCGGGGAUGCCCCGAGCCCAGUUCCCCCCCCAGUCGCUGAUGGCCCGCCCGCGAGAUCGGCGGACCUGCCGCCCGCGGUCACGGGGGGAGACGGUGCCGGGGAUGCCCCGAGCCCAAUUCCCCCCCCAGUCGCUGACGGCCCGCCCGCGAGAUCGGCGGACCUGCCGCCCGUGGUCCGGGGGGGAGACGGUGCCGGGGAUGCCCCGAGCCCAAUUCCCCCCCCAGUCGCUGACGGCCCGCCCGCGGGGCUGCCCGCGAGGGCAAUGACGCAGCAUAUGAUAGUAUAUUCGCAGUAUUUGAAGAUGGCAGUGAAGGGCAUCAAGACUAAGGAGUACCGCGGGUUGAAGACCGAUUACUGGCGACGUCGGUUCCUCCAGGGUGGGCGGGACUGGCACGUCACCCGCGUGAGGAUGAGGGCCGGCCGCGAGAAGUUCAGGCCGGAGGCGGUGUUCGAGAUCGCCAACAAGGAGGUGAUCAAGGUGGCCGACUUGGCCGACGUGUGCUUGCCCGACCGAGGUACGGAGGAGUGGGGCCAGCUGUUCGGCGGGUGCACGGAAGUGCUGGUGUUGCACCUCGGUGGCAUCGUAGAGAACCGCACCGAAUGGCGGCGCGAGGUGGAGGGCGCGCAAGGGGGCACGGUGCUGCGCGCGGUUUCCCCCGAGCGCGCGGGCGCCCAGGACGACGCGGAGGGCCAGGGGCAGGGCCGCGUGCUCGUCGGCCAGGGCAUCGGCGCGGAAGAAGAGCAGGCGAAGUGGAGGCUGGCGAGCUCCUUCCUGUCGCGGCGCGGAGGCCUCGUCUGGAACGAGGUGGUGGAGGCAGCACUGGGCGACAAGCAGAAGCUGUUCGACCGCGUCGUGGACUUCCGGGGCAUGCACGCGACGCUGCUCACAAUGUCAAUCGGGGCGCUGAGACAAAUCGGCCAGGCUGCCAUGUUGCACCGGGACGUGAUCCGGGAGAAGAAGCCUGCACUUGUCUACCACCUAAUCCGCUGGUGCCGCCAGGCGGCGGUCGAUGACGCGGCGUCGGCGGCCCUGCCCGCCGAGCCGGCGGCGGAGGAGGCGGAGACGGAGGAGAACCCGUUGGCGGACGCCCCACUCCUGAUCCCGCGCGCCAAAGUGGCGCGGAUCAUCCGCGCCCUGCUGCCGCUGUUGUCGGCGAAGAGGUCCGGCCACGCAGAAGGCGCGCCGCUGAAAAUCACCGAUGAGGCCGUGGGUGCCGUCCACGAGCACCUCGAGUACGUCCUGCGCGCUCUGGUGAGCGACGCUUUCGCUGUGGCCGAGUGGGCGAAUAAAGACCGCGUGAAGAAGAUGUCCAUGACUGCGCUGGCCGUCCGGAUGUCAGGCUCUAUCCAGACGAAGACGUUCGUGGCCAGCAAGCGGAAGCGCAGGAAGUUCAUCUCGGCCGAGAAAAGUGAGAAGAUUCGCGUGCCUGCGGCAGCUUUCAGGGAUAUGCGGUGUUUCACGUUCCACUUCCUCGACGCGUUCCUUUCCCAGGGCGUCGAAUCGGCGCGCCGCUGCGGUAAGAACACUCUGACCAAGCGGAUCCCCGAGCCUUCGGCCCAAUCUGCCCCCUGGCCGGCCUGGGUCGCGGGCGCGAGGGCGCGGCUCUGGGAGGGCGGCGCUGCGGGCGGCAUGUCGAACCAGGAGGCGCACAAGCUGGAGGCGGCAGGCGACGGUCUCAUGGAGCAGGCCGGCAAGAGGUGGAACAAGACCACGAGGGCGUUCGACGCGGUGGCCGGACACGCCGCUUGCCCCGAAUAUGCGAAGUACAAGAAGCAGGCGAAGGAGAAGUACGACGAAGCGAGAAGGAAACGCGUGCAACUUAAAGGAAUGGCAGAGCAGUCCGUGAACAAAGACGGCACCAAUGACGUGAAGAACGCGAAGGGCCAUCAGGACGCCAUCGACUAUAUCGACGCCAAGAAGAGCGAGUUUCGACAGUUGCAGAUGGACUCCACCGCCAUGUUCCGCGAGGUCGCCCUGUGCGGGUUGGCGCAGGAGCAGGGCCUCGCCGCUCUGCGGGCGUGCCUCGCCGACGCCCGCGGCGACGAGACACUUCGCGCCACCGAGAUCAGUUCUGCCGUGGCGCGUCGUGCCGUCGUAUGGGGCGAUUCCGCGGCGUGGGAUGACAUGAGGGAUUGUCUCCAGUCUCGGUUGGCCCCCGGGUCCCGGCCGCUGCCAUCCCAAGUCGUGUCCGUGUCUGCCGCCCACUUCCGCGAUUCAGAUUUCACCGUUCCCGACCCGAGGGAAGACGCUGUCCUGGUCCACGGCGGGUUGGAGAACGAUUACGAGUCCGCGGAGGAUGGGUGUCACUUCUUGCCGCUGCUUCACGUCGACGAGCAUGGCCAGUUGCCCCCGUGCCCGUCACCGAAGUGGGCCGACAUGGUGGCGUCCGUCGCUGGUCGCAGCGGCGAUCUCGCGUUGGAGUCGCGCGUCCGCGACGGGGGCGACUGCUACUUCCACGCGCUCCUCGUCCUCCUGCAUUUCCGGGGCGUUCUGCUGCUCGCGCCGGGCGGCGCGUCGGCGGCACCUGGGGGGGGCGGUGCCGGGGUUGCCCCGAGCCCCCCUUCCCCCGCGGGCUCACCAGCCGGCCCAGGUCUAAUCGUUGACGGAUCUCGGAAGAGACCCGAGCUCGCCUCUCAGCCCCCGCCUGAGUCGCCAGUUUCUGCGGAGAAGACGUCGCAUGCGUCGUUCACCUCCUUCAGGAAUGGGGCGCGAUUCGAGGAUUCUCUUGCAGAGAGUGCCAGCUUUCGCGUCCCAGACCCCACGGGCGAGAGUCUUGCCGCAUUGCAGGCUAUAGUCGAAGAGCUCCCGGAGGACGAGGCAUCGAAAGCGAUCGAAGAGUUCUUGUUCCCCGAUAUCGUCUUCGAGGGAUUUAAAACGAAGGAGGAGGUGCACGAGACAGUGCGCCACAGGGUCAUGAGGGCGUGGGAGGACACCCGGUCCCACCGCCAGAUUGCCAGCGAGCUUGAUUUCGAUUUGCGCACCAUCGCGCCGAAGCUGUUGGCGGACGCCGUCCACGCCGCAGGCAAGGCCCGGGGUCUGUCCGCGGAAGCGCUGCUCGCCGCUGUCGAGCGCAACAUGGGUUUCAUCGAGGCGCCUGGAACGACGCUCACGCACUUGCCGUCGCCAGGCCAUUACAUUUCCCCUGGCCAGCCCCUCUUGAUUGGCAGUGCGCCCUCCACGCGGAAGUCACCUUUGAUGCAGUGCACGGAUAAAUGGUUGACGCAGGUCCCGGAGGCCUCCCCUGUUUUCAAAGACAAGUUGGUUGUGAACACGGACUGCACCACGGAGGGCAUUCGGAAGCAACUCGAAGAACACAGGCGGUGCGGCAUUUCCAGCGACGAGGCCGCCAACACGUUCCUGACGCCCUUCAGCGACCAGGAGUCCGGGGUGCAGUAUCUCAGCUGCGCGAAGCUUAACACGUGGACGCAGAGCGAGUACGACGGACCGGCGACCGGCAACGGCAAGGUGUCUUUGGACAACUACAAUUUCAUGCUCAAGUGCUCGGGCCAGACGGAGGUCGUCGAGUUCAUCGCCAUGCCGAUAGUGCACGGGUUCCAGAAGCGCAUGCAGACGGACGCGCGCGCAGACGACGGGGUCGAUUUCGAACAGAGCGACUCAUUCAUCGAGCGGCUGCACGGAUGGAUGCACGCGCAUUGUUCCGCUGUCGCCAGCGCACUCUCGCUCGACGGCUACGCCUACACCAUAUACCGUGCUGCGAAGCAGGCUCUGGAUGACAUCUGUCAGACCGUGCCGAUGCCACAGGUGUUCAAGGCGAAGUUGAAUUUCUUUCACAGCGAUCUGCUUCGCGGAACGCACCGGGUGCACCGCGGGGCCCAGUUCGCCAGGGACUACAUCGCCCAGCAUGCCGCCCAGGGCGGCGGCGGCGCCCUGGCGCCGCUUCCGCCCCUCGAUGCCGCUCGCUGGCGUCGCCCCCCCAGUGUCAACGACGUCACGAUGGGCCUCCACAAGGUGCUGCGCCAAAUUGAACUGCAUUUCGGGUUGUACCGUUUCCACGCAGCCCAGAAGGCCGCAGCCGCCGAGGGCAAUCAUCGCUCUGGUGCCGACUGCAGGGGCGUUGGCGGAUGUUCGGCGGCCGUUCUGGCAGCUCCCGACGUCGCGCAGGCCGCGGUGAAGGGUCUCACGCCGUCCGAGCUGAUGCGGCAAUUUUUGCUCAUCCGCGCCCCCAAGGAGCAGACUUUCACGGCGGCGGACGCGAGGCAGUGGCUCCGAAACAAGAGGGAUUCGUGGUACAGGACGGACCUGGCCCAGAAGAUAUCCGACGGCCUGGCGGCGCUGGUCGCGGCGCAUCUCGUCGACAGGGUCGCUGGUGUCGCCGACGCGGGGGAGUCCACCUCGAGGGCCGAGGCGGCGCCAGGCAAGCGCACGGUCAACCCCAAGGGCGAGGGCACGUUCAAGAAGCGCAAGCUCGAGGCCAUCUUGGCGGACGCCGACGCCACGGAGGAGCGCAAGCGCUUGCGAGUCAACAC